AUGCCUGGUGAUAAGGCUUUUGGCCCUGAUGGCUUCCCCCUUUUCUUUUUCCACAUAUUCUGGAACUUGGUCUGUACCGAGGUGCUAGGGAAGGUGCUUGACUUUUUGAGGACUGGUGAAAUCUUUCGAGGGGUUAAUUCUUCUUUUAUUGCACUUAUCCCUAAGAAUUCUAUCAUUGCCUCCCUGAGGGACAUCAGGCCUAUUAGCCUUCUCUCAAGCCUCUAUAAAAUCAUUGAUAAGAUGCUUGCUGAGAGACUUAAAGUUGUCCUACCAGAUAUUAUCUUUUGUCCACAAUCUGCAUUCAUCAAGGAUAGGCUUAUCACAGACAGUGUUCUAGUUACGCAGGAGUGCAUUCACUCGAGGAUCUUGAGUCAUGAGGCUGGAGUUGUCAUUAAGUUAGAUUUGGAGAAAGCGUAUGAUAGAGUGGAAUAG